AUGCUGGUUGCCGGUGUCCGCAGGUUUACCACCUCCGCCUUCCGCAGGAGCCACUAUGAGGAAGGCCCUGGGAAGAACCUUCCAUUUUCUGUGGACAACAAAUGGCGAUUACUUGUACUAAUGUGUGGAUUCUUUGGAAGUGGAUUUGUUGCCCCUUUCGUUAUAGUCAGACACCAGUUGCUUAAGAAAUGA